AGAAGGGCGAGGGCGGCGAGCAGCUCUGCGGCUGCGGCGGCGGCUGUGCUCCCGGGAGCGGGCGUGCGGCCCUUUCCCCGCCUCCUUUUCCUCCGCCUCCCCGUGAGUGAUUCAAGCCGGGCGCCUCUCACUUCCGCCCCCUCUGCCUGCCAUUGGAACUCCGGAGCCGAGCAAGUUGCGCCGCGGGAAAGCCGGCGCCCCCUUCCCCCUGCCCUCCUGCCCGCCCCUCUUCUCCCCCGGCCGCCGCCGCCGCCGCCGCCGCCGCGGUCCGGAGGCCUAGAGACCGCCGAGCCCCAGCCCACGCCGCGGCCGACAUGAGCUUCUUGUUCACCAUUGGGAAGCAAGGCUGUAGUUGACUCUCUGGUGUCAGAAGACCACCCCUAGGACUGAGGAAAUCCGUAUCUGUACAUGAUUAAAGCUCUUGUGGUAGCCGCUCCUCUAAAACGUUUAAACCAAAGAAGAACAUUCCAGAGGGUUCUCACCAAUAUGAGCUCUUAAAGCAUGCAGAAGCUACACUUGGUAGUGGCAAUCUCCGGAUGGCUGUCAUGCUUCCUGAAGGGGAAGAUCUAAAUGAAUGGGUUGCAGUGAACACUGUGGAUUUCUUCAAUCAGAUUAAUAUGCUUUAUGGAACAAUCACAGAUUUCUGUACAGAGGAAAGUUGUCCAGUGAUGUCAGCUGGCCCAAAAUAUGAGUAUCAUUGGGCAGAUGGAACAAACAUAAAGAAGCCUAUUAAGUGCUCUGCACCAAAGUAUAUUGAUUACCUGAUGACUUGGGUUCAGGACCAGUUGGAUGAUGAGACAUUAUUUCCAUCAAAAAUUGGUGUCCCAUUCCCGAAGAAUUUCAUGUCUGUGGCAAAAACUAUCCUCAAACGCCUCUUUAGGGUUUAUGCUCACAUUUAUCAUCAGCAUUUCGACCCUGUGAUCCAGCUUCAGGAGGAAGCACAUCUCAAUACAUCUUUCAAGCACUUUAUUUUUUUUGUCCAGGAAUUCAACCUUAUUGAUAGAAGAGAACUUGCACCACUCCAAGAACUGAUUGAAAAACUCACCUCAAAGGACAGAUAAAAGGAUGAAGAGCUGUGCAAGUUGUUCCUCAAAUGAAGUGUGUGGAGUGUAUUUGGAUUUUGUUGUGUUUUAUUUUUAUCUUGGUCAUUUUUGUCUUAGGUUUGGGGGGCUUGUUUGGGUUAGUUUUUCUUUAUUCUGAAUAAAUUAAACAUAUUCUAUUGCUAGAGGAAGCCAAGAACCAUUCUCUAUAUAUUUCAUAGGGGUAAAUUUUGUCUUAGUGGCAUACAGUUUUUGUUUUUUGUGUUUUUUAACUUGGUUUGAUUACUUCCAAAUUUUUUGAUAAUACUGUGUGUUGAAAGAAAAUGCUUACUUAAUUGGAUUGCUGAUGGAUGGGGGUUCUGUGUUGUGUAAAUUGUGGCCAAUUUUUGAAGUCCCCAAAAGACUUAUGUUUUUAAGUGCCUUGGCAGGCUCACUUCUGAGGUGCAAAGCACAGACAUUGAACUGAACAGAGCUUGAAAUACUAGGAAUACUACCCAGGGCACUUACUGAUGCAUGUUUUAAAAUAUCUAUGAUAAAAGCCAUAGUUUACCUAAAUUGGUGAUCUCCAGCUUUUACUACAUUGAAGAAACACAGUUUGUAAAGGUGUGCAUGUAGAACAUAAAAAAUUAUUAUUUUUGAUAUUGAUGAUAAUCAACAAAUGCUUACAGUUCUACAAGCAGGUCUUUUUCCAUCUCUUGAUAUCUGUGAUAUUGAAACUUGAGGAUGUUGAAGUGUAAUACCUAUUGCAUUUUAGCUUCUUUCUACAUGUUAACUGCACUGUAGGUGUGAAAAUUCAGGUUAUAUAUAGGUUUACCAUCUUCAGAGGUGAUGCUGAACUGUGAGGUUUCUUAGCAAUUGCCAAAUGAGCCAUAAGUCUACAGAAUCCCCUUCUACUUUGAAGAGGAGGGGAUGGAUAGGAGUGUGUGUUUGGUUAGGAGGGUUAAUUUGUAUGGGGAGCUAUAGAUGGGCUUAAGUAUGGUGAGUCAAAUUCGAAAAGUCUUGUCUUAAAAUCCUUGAAUAGAGUGGCAUGAAGAUUUUAACCAAUUUCUUAUAAACAAAGUUUUAGAGACUUCCUUUUAGGAAUCAACUUCCAUGAGAAGUUAAACAUAAAUGAUUAAUUUUAGGUAUGGACGUUAAACAUGGAAUUUGAGGACUGUUUCGGGAAAUUGAUCACACUCCAGGAUUUCCAUUCAGUGAAUGGAGCUGGUGUUUGCCUGUCAUUUUAAAAUGAUAACAGUAACUUCUUUGCUUAUGAUAGGUCUAAUUUGAAGCAUUCUGACUUCUGAUUUUUCCACUGUGAAAGGAAAUCUUUUUCUUUGCAGUGAUAUCAAAGUGCUAAUUCAGUAGUAUUAACUUUUCCAUCUUAUUUGUCAUGACUUUGUAGUAAAUUAUUCCCAUGAGUAAAAAGUUGAGAAACUUAGUUUUAAAAAAGAAUAUUAGCAUUUUUCAUUUUAGUUUUAUUCUUGAGAAAUAUCUUUUUCAGACUCCCAGUUUUAAUUUUGUCAUUUCUAGUAAAUCUCUUUCCGUCAGUUUAAAAUACACCUUUUUCCUUGUAGAAUAGAAAUCCUGCUCUGAAAUUAUAUAGACUAAAAAUGAUCAGUAGGAAAAAAAUCUAACAUGAAAUCAGUUUGUUUUUGCCAUUAACAAUGAGAGCAGUGAUAUAAUUUAGUGCCAUUAAAAUUAUGAUCAUUAGGAACUGCCUUUUUCUCCAUUUCAUUUCUAACAGUCAUUCUCCAAGUACCAACAGUAGAAGUAACAGGAGAGCCUGGCAGAGGCACAUCCAUUAGACAUUCAUUGGUAAUGUUUAUUGACAAAUUACAGUGAGAACUAGCUGAUUUCCUUAAAACAAAUCUUUUGUUAUCCAAACAAGUAAUAUCAGCCACUGUGGGUUGAUUCAGAAAUAAAAUUUGGUGUCAAGUGAUUUUGGGUCCUAUUUGUUUAUGAAAAUGAAGCCCGUGAUCUUUCAAGUAGUCUUCCAUACUGCAUUUGACUUUAAUAUCAACGCAGUAACAAAAGGGUUGCAAUAGCCAAGUGUAGAAAAUAGUGAAAAAUUGUUCUUGCUCUUUUUAAGCCUUACACAAGUAGUACACAGUAAAAAUGGAAAAGUGUUUCUAUAAAUUAAUGUUUAGUAGUAGGCCCUACUUUCCUACUGUAUGUAGAUAGGAGUUUAUUGUCACUGUGUCAUAAUCUCAGGUGCCUGCUUCUGAGUAUUCCUUUAAACAGAGGUAUUAUUAGGAAGUAAGGACAUGUGUAAGUGUAUAUAUGGUAACAAAGUAGAGAAGUUCUCCCAGGGAGAGGCCUGGCAUUGUACAUGGUGUUACAUGGCUAUGGGUAGCAUGUAAGAAAUAACUGAUUUAACAAAAUGUUGCUUUGAUUAGUUCCCAUGAGUGUUAGUAAGAUGCCCUUUAUAGAAUAAGGAUCAAAUUUUGGUUUUGCAGUGGAGUUUGCUUAUAAAUGUAUAUUGGAUUCUUUCCUGAUCUCUUAAUUUAAUUUAUAAAUAAGCAAGAUAAUGAUUUCCCCCUUGUUCCUUAUACAGAAAUCUAAAGCAGAAGUUGGUUUUCUCAUCCAAUAAUAAAAGCAUAAAAUAUAAAAUAGUUAACAUAGUGUUAUUGUGACAAUGCUUUGGUUAAAUGUUGAAACGAAGCAAGUUUUAGGAAUUAUUUUAAAUGAUGGAGUAAUGGUGGUGGAGAGAAAUUAAUAACAAAGAGUGAAAAUCUUUCACUAAGCAGUAGAUGGUGCUACUGGAUUUCAUUUGCUGACUUGAUUAUUUUGUUUCCCAUAAAAACCAUGGCAUUAGACUGCAUUCAAACAGUAGUGUGUGUUAGUUUAGCUGGUAGAGGCUUUGGUGCUCAGUUUAAUUUGAAAGAUUUUAGAUUGCUUUCCUUUUUUCAUUUGUACAUUCUAAAGGGUCAGCAUAAAAUGUUUUAGGUGGGAGAAGACAGGUUUGGUGUAUAAUAUAUCUCUGAGUUACUGCCUGGCUUAUCAGGAAUUAUAAAACACCGCAAUCUCUUAUCUUCAAGAAAUAUAGAUGAUGAGGAUAUUUAUAUUUUACAUGUAAUCACCAAACCCCAAACUGUUUUAUGUAUAGCAUUUUCCUUGCUUAUAGGAAAAUAGCAAAAUGACAUUUCUUUUAUACUUUUGUGUACACCCUCUCUAAGAGAGGUUUUGAUAACCACUGAAAUGGUAAAAUAUGUGAGAUACAAUUAUUAAGUUAUAGGACUUUCUUUUAAAAUAAGUAUGUCAUACCUUAAACAUCCAAAUGAGAGUUGAUCUUCAGAGUGAUUCCUUAGGGAGCUCUACUCUUUCCAGCUAUGUUUUGAAGGUGUAAUGUUUUUGGAACAUUUUUAGAGAUGCCUUGAGAAUUGGUUUAUGACUAUGCAAGAAAAUCUAUUUCAUCAUUUUAGCGUGCAUGAAAUCUUUUUUGGCAGCUUAAUAUGUAUGACCUAUCUCAGUCCCCAAACCAACUCAACUUUGUUGUUUCCGUAGAACUUUAGUUCCCUAAUGGUUUAGGGAAGUUCAAAAGACUGGCAUAGAUAGAUAGAUAGAUAGAUAGAUAGAUAGAUAGAUAGAUAGAUAGAUAGAUAGAUAGAUGAUAGAUAGAUAAAUAGGACUGGCAUAGGUUCUAAAUUUGCAGAAGACAAUGUUUUGAGCAUUGUUAACAUCAUUUUAAUAAGGAAAUAUUUUCCUGAUAUCACUACCUUGAAGUAGACAGUAUCAUUUGGAUAUAUAUAGGUUUUAUUUAAUUUUUUAAAAUUCAGUUUAAUUACCUUACAGUUAAAUAUAAUAAUUAAAAAUAAAAAUCUAUCUUGUUUUCUAUUUUUGUUUCUUUCCCUGAUAACUUUUGAAUUUUAUCUUCACUACCGGAGGAUAGUUUUGAUUAGAGAUAGGAAGAAAAAAAUGGAUCCAAUAUUUAAGAUAGAAGUAGCUUAAGGUGAGAACAGCCUUUACAUUUUAAACAUAUUUUCACUCAAAUAAACAAUAUGAAUUUAAAGACGGCAGAUCAUUGUACAAAUUGGUAAAUUUUAUAUAAUAAGUAUGCUGAGUUUUAAGCCUAUGUAUCACAGAUAAAAUAUUUAAAAUUGUGUAAUCAUUUCAUACAUUUAUAACUUGAAAUUUUUGAAUGUCUUUUUAAAAAAAGAUGUGGGACCAUAAGUAUAUUUGUGAUUUGAAAAUGUGACUGCUUACCAAGGGGAAAACUUAUUUUGAAACUUACUUGAAAUACUAAAGAAUAGACCAGUUUUUAGAAAUGCUAUUCUGGAUCUGUACUUUAAGAACCACUCCUAAAAUAAAUAUUAGACUUUUGUCAUAAUGUUAAGAUUCACCUGGCAAUUGUUAAAUUGCUGUUUUUUUCAGCUAUCACUUUAAUGGUGUAUGAGAUUAAUAUUUAGAGGUAAAUAUAUGUCAAGAUUUAAUGGACAAGUUUAAGAUACAAUAAUUCUGACUGCAAACACUUUUUUUUAAAAGAUUUUAUUUAUUUAUUAAUGAGAGACGGAGAGAGAGAGAGAGAGAGAGAGAGGCAGAGACACAGGCAGAGGGAGAAGCAGGCUCCAUGCACGGAGUCCAACAUGGGACUCGAUCCUGGGUCUCCAGGAUCAGGCCCUGGGCCAAAGGCAGCCCUAAACCUCUGAGCCACCAGGCUGCCCAUACAAUUUGAAUUUUUAAGGUGUUCCUAAUGAGUUAACCAUAGCCUAUUUUAAAGGAAUAGUACUGUGUUCCAUGUUUUCUACUUAUAGCUGAAUUGGCACUUAAAUUUUGACAAAAGGGAGAAAAUACAGAUUAAAAUAUUGAAUAAUACCAGUUUUGCAAAUACGAUGUAACUUCUUUUCCUGCAUGUAAUGCUAUGCAAUAGAAAAUUUUAGAUACAGUUCUCAAGAUGGCCUUUUUGUGUUCUAUGUUUGUCAUCUCCUUCUCCUUAAAUUACUUCUUACAUUAUUGACUUCCCAUCUCCCGAACCCCAUCGCACUAAGAAAACAAAACAAAGAGGUUGAUUUUGCAGGUCCUCUUUGUUAGUGAUUCUGAGGUGUUUUCUGUCAAUACAUUGACAGAAGUUUUGGAAGGUGCAACUUAUAUAAGCAUUUUUGGUUUGUUUUGGUUGAUAGCUUCCUUUAAAUCAUGUCACUGAACCUGAGAUAUUAAUGAUUUAAACUUUUUGUUAGUAUUUAAUUUUUCUGUUUAUUAUUAAAUCUUGUAUGUUGGUGUUUUGCGUAUGUUUUCAUUUUUAUUUCGUUCUGAAAUCCCUGUGCAGGUUGUAAAAUAGAUUAGUGCAUUUUCAUGUUAAGAACAUGUUUCUCCUUAAAUUGUUCUGCAGAGAUAACUAUUUUUAGGGAAAUAGUUUUUUACAGCCACUAGAUUGUAUUUGUUAUUUUUGUACAUGCAUAACUAAGGUGGUAAGGGCCCUAAUCCUGUGGGAAACACUUAACUUUUGUUCUAUUUGAAAUUUUCUUAUACAUGAUUCCUUAAAAUUACCAAGGAACUGUCAUGAAAUCUAGGUUGAAAGAGAAUACAAUAAACAUGACAAGACUUAAAGGUUGAAUAGAGAUCAUUUCUGAGGACAAAAGUAGAAUACUGCCAGUGCCAUAUAAUGGAAGCAUAGUGGCAGCAUUCACACUAUGUAAAUAUUGCAGAGAAUGUGAAAGACAGGGAUCUUGCUCUCAUGGAGAUACAUAAUUUUUCUCUGUUUUAAGUAGCUGGAUGGGGAGAAAUGGUCUAAAAUAUGAAAUGCAACAUGAACACUAUAUUGAAAACUGUGCCAAUAUUACUCAAAUUCUGGUUAUUACUGAUCAGUUUAACUGCUUCAUCAGUUUAUUUUAAAAGGGGAUACUGAAUGUCAGAAAAUCUGUAAUAUGUUUAACUGAGAGAUGUAAAUAAUGAUACAGACUUGUAUGUGAUGGGAUGGGAAAUAUUUAAAUUCUAGGUUUUUUUUAAAGGAAGAAACUGAAUGUUUAUUUAAAAAAUUAAUAAAUAGUUAUGUUUGACAAUGAA